AUGCAAAGAACCAAACGGAAAAAAAAAAACAAAAACAGGGCUGCGCCACGGCCUGGGGGAAAGCCGGCAGAGAGGUGCGGGCGCCCAGCCCAGGACCGGCAGGGCAGGGCUGAGGGCGCGGACUCCACCCAUGCCCCGAGCACCUUCAUGACGGUUCAGAGCUGCUCCGAGGCAAACUCAGACAACUCUCUGAGGACGACGUCCGCCCCCGUGGCGUCCCGCCUCUCUUCGGGGCCAGGGACCCGGGUCUCGGUCCUAUUCGAAAGGGACGGAGAACUACAUUUCCCGGCAUGCCGUCGCGUUCUCCGGCGGCGCUGGGGACUGCGACGGAAAAAGUUCGCCGCAGUUAAACGUCAUUUCCGUUGCGCUACUGGAACCACGUUCUGUAGUCGUGAGCGGAGGCCUGGUAUGGCGUCCGGUUUCCGAUUUCCUCUUUCGGGCGACGGAACUGACGCCAUCACGGGGCGCCACGGCGUCGAACGCGGAGUCAAGUCUGUAAUGAACCGUGUCCUGUGUGCUCCGGCGGCCGGGGCCGUCCGGGCGCUGAGGCUCAUGAGCUGGGCUUCUGGAAGCCUUCAUCCGGUGCCCCGUUCCCGGGAUCUGGCCCAGCCUGCCGCCGUGAAAGAGGACGACCCUGACCGCCCCAUUAAGUUUUCCUCCAGCAAAGCCAACCCUCGCCGCUGGUCUGUGGGCCAUUCCACGGGAAAGGAACCUCAUCAGCCCUCGUGGAAGGUGCUGCCCCUCAGUUUCUUCCUCAUGGCGCUGGUCAUCUGGUGCUACCUGAGGGAGGAGAGCGAGGCGGAUCAGUGGCUGAGACGGGUGUUGGGAGAGGAGCCAGAGCCCCGUGAUCGUUCUGAGGAGCCUGAAACUCCAGCUGCCCACGGAGCGAGAAGUUAACGGGGUGGCCGCUGGGGCUGGCAGGAAGGGAGCUGACAGCCGCCCUUCGGAUCUGAUGUCACGUUUGUCCGUGACUGUCCUGGCUAUGCGUGCGUCCUCCGCUCUGAAGGACUUGGAUGGUGGGUGGAGCACUUGGUUAGGCUCAUCCGCGUGAAGGCGGAGUAGAAUCUGAGCAAAUCGGAACCUGCUCCUUGCCUGUCGCUUGAUGUCCAAGGAUUCCAUCCGCAAGACCUUUUUUCAGAUCCUUAGGAAAGGUUUCAGUUGCACUGUGUGCUGUUGGAUUUGCCCAGUCUUUGUAUAACAUAAUCAUGUUUCCAAAGCAAUUCUGGUGACACUUGUAAUCCGGUGUUAGUGUGCAGGUAAUUUGCUUUCUGAGAUAGAUUGGCAGAAGUGUGAAACUUUAUUACAUACUGUGUGGCCUGUGUAAAGAACACUUCUCCAUAUUAGUUCUGCACAAUAACAAAUUGAAAAUAAAUUUUAAUUUUAUAUUAUGGG